AUGGUCUUUGGAGCCAGGGAUGUCCACCGUGGGGCCAAGGGCGCCUGUGCCGCCGCCAAGGGCGCCUGUGCCACCGCCAAGGGCGCCUGUGCCACCGCCAAGGGCGCCUGUGCCACCGCCAAGGGCGCCUGUGCCACCGCCAAGGGCGCCUGUGCCACCGCCAAGGGCGCCUGUGCCACCGCCAAGGGCGCCUGUGCCACCGCCAAGGGCGCCUGUGCCACCGCCAAGGGCGCCCGGGCCCCCGCCGAGGGCACAGAGGACAAGAAUGCCAUGCAGAAGCGUGCGGAGGAACGGGCCAAAGUCCCGGGCAAAUUCAGGGACAGCAUCAAGCAUUAUUUCUUCACUCCCACCGGAUUUCUGAAGAUCCUGAGACUGGGUCUUCUCAUAGGAGCAUUGAUUUGUUUCAUUGCUGCUGAAGCCCAUGAAUCAUAUAUAGCAAUCACCGUGCUGGAAAUCUGCAUCGUUCUUUUUUUUAUUCUAAUAUAUAUGCUAACCCUUCACCACUUGCUGAUUUGUUUAGACUGGUCCUUACUUGAUCUAAUCAACAGCUUCAUCACAGCUGUGUUCCUUAUUCUUGUCGGCGCCGUGGCCAUGCAAGAGCUGAACAGAAGACACCUGUACUCUACGGGAGGGAUCCUGUGUCUCACAGCAGCCUUCCUGUGUCUCAUCGACUCCAUUCUGGUCACCAAGAAUUUGAGGCUGAAAGUGAAAAAAGUCCUGGGACUCAAAAGCCAGGAAAUGCCUUCUGCAGAAACUGGGAAAGUGGGGCUACUUGAGGCCAAGCUAGCCGAGGCCACCCCGGUGGUGUCCAGGGCAACCACCCCCAUAGGGUCGGUGGUAUCCAAGGUCAGCACCGCGCCCCCGUCCCGGGCCAGCUCGGCAGCCCCGUCCCGGGCGAGCACCCCCGCAGCAUCCAGAGCAACCAGCCAAGAGGCCACUCCGGUAACCUCGGUGCCACCCUCGCGGACACCCUCGCAAGCACCCUCGCGAGGCCCACGGGGACCUCCCGGGCAGGUGUAA